AUGGAUUUUAUUGCUAUUUUAACAAAUUAUAUGUUUUCUAAAGAUGAGAACUCAGAAGCAUAUCAGUUAUUGACGUGUUUUAUUUAUGCUAUAAAUGUAAUUUUACUCAUUAUUAACUUGGCUAAUAAUGUAUUUUUUGUUCUACUAAUUAUCUACAGUCGACGUAAAAAAUCGGAACGAAGAGAUCAGAGAUUCAAAGAAUUUCAUGCUCCAAUUUUCUACAAUUUCUUUUCAUUUCCAGUAUUUUUGUAG